AUGACGAGGAACCGAAAUAACCCUGAGGCAUCGAAUGCCAAUAAUCAGCCAAAACCUGUUUUGGCUGCUUUUGUUAGGCCCCGAAGUGGUCGUGGGGCAACGGGCGGGCAGUGUGAUCCUGUGGCUGAAACUCUUGCAACCGUUCUGAGGGAGUUGACUGCUAGCCGGCAAGCCAACGAAAAUUUGUUGAAGACGAAUGAAGAUUCGCGGAAUGCCAUGGCCGCAAUGAUGAACGAGUUGAGGACGUUGAGGGGUGCUAGACCUGCGAACCGGCAACCCACUCCUCCGCACACUGCCACGCCUUCUCCACCUAUUCUACAGGAAGAGGAGGAAGCGGAUAAUAGUGAUGGUGAGGCCAGUCACCAUUCUGGUAGUCAUAGCCAUCACACUAAGGUCCGUCAACCACAUGUUGAGCAUGUUGAUGAACAUGAAGCUGAAGAAAGACGAUUGAUGGCUUUUAGAAAACAUAAACCUCCUUCUUUCAGCGGAGGCUACGACCCGUUGGUGGCAGAAAAAUGGCUCCAAUCUAUGGAGAAAAUCUUCAGGGUGAUGAGAUGCCCUGAUGCAGUGAAGUUGGUCUACUCUGUGUAUAUGUUGGAAGGUGAAGCUGAAGAUUGGUGGACGAAUAUAGUGCAACCAUUAGAAGCUGAAGGCCGGGAAAUCACCUGGCGGUUGUUCGAGACGUUGUUCUUGGACAACUACUUCUCUAGGGAGGCUAGGGAACAAAAGCAGAAUAAGAGAACCCUACUCACUCCAGCUGAGAUGACCUCCAAGUUUCAAUGGGGUCUGAAUGAGAAGAUGUCUCGGAAGAUGUCAAAUUGUGAUAUCCGUGAGUUUAGCAAAUUUGUGAACCAAUGUCGGAAGGUGGAAGAAGUUUAUAGUGUGCCGAAAAGUAAGAAGUCUUCCGAGGCACAAGCAUCUGGUGCUAGUGGAGCAAUUGGCUCUACUUCAGAAAAGGGUCAGAAGAUGGAUGACAGGAAUAUCAAAGAAAAUUACAAGCUAGACAGUCUGAAGAAAAGUUUAAAAGAAGCGGGAGUCAAUAGAGUUGGGACAAUGAAAGACCUAUUGUGCCAAAGUGUGACAAUUGUGGAAAGCAUCACAAAGGCGUUUGUUUGA